UCGCAACGCAGUAGCGAAGAACGGACGUGUAAACCUAUUGCCAGUCGGAAUACCGCGCCAUCGUGGAACAAAGAUGGAAAAUUGGGUAACACCUGAACAGGAUUGAUUUUCACUUUGGGUUUUUUGUGUGCUUUGAAAAGCAGCACCCUUUAAGCGGAGUGUGAAAGUGAGCAAGGCUCAUCAGAAUGUAUCGAGCCGUGCGUUUGGAGAAUGGCAGCUGUUUGGUGAUUUUGGUGCUUCUCUGUUUGGGAAGCGGCGUUAGGUCCGCUCCCAACCAUGGAUUACUACCGGCGUCGAAUCCGCGGGAGGCAGAACUGCUAAACAACAGCUUUUUCCGCCGCCUUCGGGAGAUGAUCAUGGAACGAGCAUAUGAGGACGUGUUCAACGAGGUGGCAGAAGAACCGCCAUCCCAGCCAAUGAAACCGGUGGAUACGUCCCAUCUGGACAGUCCGCCGAAGCCGCGUGCCGUGGAAAACUGGCCCAUGGUUAGCCACGAGUUCGGCCAGGUUACCGCCGUAUCGAUCAAUCGGGACGGCAAUCCAGUAAUCUUCCACCGUGGUCGUCGCGUUUGGACCGCCGAAAGCUUCAACGACACCAACCACUUUCAGCAGAUUGCGGACGGUCCCAUCGAGGAUAGCACCAUCUUGACGCUGAGUGCUGCCACGGGUGAGGUGAUCGACGAGAGCGGUGGCGGAAUAUUCUACAUGCCGCACGGUAUGACGAUCGACCGUAACGGGAACAUGUGGUUGACCGAUGUGGCCCUGCAUCAGGCGUUUAAAUUUAUGCCCGGUCACGAUUAUCCGAGUAUUACCAUCGGUCGACGGUUCGAGCCCGGUUCGUCUCGGAAUCAUCUGUGCAAACCGACGGCAACCGCCGUUGCCUCCACCGGGGAAGUGUUUAUCGCCGAUGGAUACUGCAACAGUCGGAUACUGAAAUUCAAUGCCGCUGGGCGUCUGAUCAGGAUGAUACCGCAGCCACCGGAAUUUCUGUCCCUACAGGUUCCCCAUGGACUGACACUGUUGGAGCAUUUGGAUUUGAUCUGCAUUGCGGACCGGGAGAACAUGCGCGUUGUUUGUCCAAAGGCCGGUCUAAGAUCAUCCUUUGGCGAGGGAACGCAGGCAGCAACGAUACAGGAGCCGGAUUUGGGUCAUGUGUAUGAUGUUGCCGCUUACGGUGAUUUGGUUUACGCGAUUAAUGGCCCGACGGCGGAUAUGAUCCCGGUACGGGGAUUUACCAUCGAUCCCCGAUCGGAGACCAUCAUCGAUCACUGGGGCAAGUUUGAAAAUCCGCACUCGAUCGCGUUCUGUCCCAAUGGGUCGGCCAUGUACGUGACGGAGAUUGGUCCCAACAAAAUAUGGAAAUUUGAGUUAUUAUAAGAUUCAGAAAUUUUCAGUAGUACGAGAAAAAAGAUAGCCAAUUUUAAUAAGACCAUAUGAUGAUGUGAACCAACAGCAUAAAGUUAUAAAAAAAAUGAAUAUAUCUUAUUUGUAUGAAGAUGUCUAAGGAACAUAAUAUUCAACUAACCAAGUUAUCUCGAAGAAUUGAAACUUAUAGGGAAUGAUGAAUGGCAGAAAAUACCAUCAAAUACUAUUGCACCAGUGCUGUAAUCACGUAACUUCCAGCCGUUUAUUAUCAUUUUCCUUUGCACUGUAGAACGUUUUGGGGGUCAUCAUUAUCUCAGUAUUUGCGUUUAGUGCUAAAAUAUAUAGUCUAAUUUAGCGAGUUAAAAACCCGUACUAUGUUAUUGGCUUAUGUUAUCCCAUGGUUAAUCUAUCUAACGAGUUAAACAACAGCAGCGUUAGACGAUUGGAAACUUCUACCGAGACACGUUAUAAUGGAUCGUAUUGUAGUGUUCGGAACAGUAAACGUGUAACCAAGCAUCAACAGAAAAAAUAAGAUAUCAUAGUAUU